AUGUCUAUUGGUGACCUUAAUUGGACAGAGAAUUUGUGCAUUUUUGGAGUUAUGAAGUGCUCGGGUAGUGAUGGUGAGUGCAGAGAACAUGAUGGACAGGAAAUAAAUACAGAGUAUCUGGAAAAAUUCACGAAAAUGGUUCAAAAUGCGUCAAUAUUGGCAAACAGGUUGUCAUCAAACGAACUUCUGUCAGCAUUUCAGAUUUCAUUUCAUCUAAUGGAAAAAAUCAGUUAUGUGAUACUUAGCAUGUGCAAAACAUCUAAAGGGGAAUUUGAUGAAUCCAAAAGUUUUCAAACGCCUUGUAGAUAUCCAUCUUAUCCACGUUGCAUGAUAAACAACGAUUUCCCAAUGAGCUUUUGCUCUAUAAAAACUCAAUCUUUAAAUGAAAACGGUGAUUGUAAAGUAAUCGAUCAACAAGAAUCACAACUUAAAGUGCUCAUUGAAGAAGAAGAGGAAGAAGAAAGCGACGAAAAUCUAUGUGAUUCCGGCAUUGCUUCGAAUCGUGAUGGAAAUUUCAUCACUGAAUCUACUAUUUCUAAUUCUUCUUGUCAAAAAUUUAGUCCAGUAAAUGAAAAUCAUAGUCCAAAUAACUAUUCAAAUAAAUGCCUUUCUUCUCCGAUCACAAAUGAAUCCAGUGUAAUUGAUAUCGAUGAAAAUUAUUCUAUGACUGCCGAUAAAUGUGCUAAUGUAGAAGAAGUAGUAGUAGUACCUGGAACAACAACAAUAUCUGAAAUGUUUGAUAAUGACAUUAAACAAAUUAAUAUGACAGAAAAUAUUUCUAAAAUCCAGUUAAAAAAUCGAAUUUCAGCAAUUCGAAAAACUACUUCAAUAAACAAUGAUAAACAAUUUGAAAAUGGAUCUAUAUCUUCAGACAUAUUAGAUCAGCAAAAUAAUAAUUCUACAGAACUAUAUGAAAGUCAAACAACAAUACUGACGAAUAAAUCCCAAGUUGAUGCAAAACGAUGGCGUUUAACUAGUGCUGAUAAAUUAAAUACUUUAAUUGAUGAAUGUGAACGUCAAAUUAAUGGUAGAAAAUUAUACGUUUGUAAAUUUUGUGGAAAAAUCUAUGAGAUUAAAAGUAGUAUGCGUUAUCACAUGAAAAUUAUUCAUUUACAAAUGCAUUUACGCACUACAGAAAUGCAAUGUCGUAUAUGCGGUAAACAAUUCACAUGUGUUAGUGCUGUAAAUCGUCAUCAAUCCAAGUGUAUAUUAUCAACAAUUAAUGAUUCAAGACUAAAAAAUAACACUGUAUCAUCUAAUCAGUCAUUAUUUACUAAUCCAAUAAUAACCACUGGGACAACAACAUCGUCUUCUACAGAUAGUGAUAUGCAUCCUCGUUUAUCUGAAAAUUCGUUUACUUCACAAACAUCGGAUAGUUGUAAUAAUACUAAUACUAAUACUAAUAAUAAUAUAAAAUAAUAAUAAUAAUAACAAUUUG